UCCUCGUCCCACAUUCUUCAGUAAAGACACGCAAACACGAUGGGCAAGCCAGACGAGGAAGUCAUCGAGGAGUUCAAUGAGCUCGUCAACAUGAGCGCGUCGGAGCUCGAGAAGUGGCUCAAAACUGACAGCUCCGAGAGCUCGGGCUGGGGCGACGGCGACGAGACCGUCGGCCACGAGAGCGGUCGCAAGAUCGUCGACAUUCUGAAGCGAAAUCCGAAGAAGGACCCGUCAAAAUACACCGAAGAAGACAUUGCGCACAUGCGCAAGGUUGUCUCGUACAACAAGCGCCAUCUCGCCCAGGAGGAGAAGAUGAAGGACACAAAGAGCAAGGAGGAACUCGAGCAGUCAAAGUCGGUCCGCAGCCUGCGCAAUUGGGGCCACGACCCUCUCAAAUACUAGGAAUCGGAACUUUUUCGAGCUUCUCACCUUGUGCUGUGCGUCGAAUACAUUGCAUGAAAGGAACUAGGUGCCAGUCACUAUUUUCGCUCUGUUCCCUCGCCGUGCUCGAGGUCAGCGUCCGGCUCGCUCGUGGAACGCAUGACUCCCUUGCCUCUUCUAGACGGUCUUGGGAAAGACUUUUUAGCUUGAGAGCGCUCUUAGCUUAAGAAGACAAGCCUGGCCUUUGGUCCCACA